UCUAGCUCCAUCCUAUCUUGCCGAUUGUAUUGUACCAUAUGUCCCGGCAAGAAAUCUGCGUUCAAAAGACUCCGGCUUAUUAGUGAUUCCUAGAGCCCAAAAAAAGUCUGCGGGCUAUAGAGUGUUUUCCGUUCGGGCUCCAGUACUCUGGAAUGCCCUUCCGGUAACAGUUGGAGAUGCCACCUCAGUAGAAGCAUUUAAGUCUCACCUUAAAACUCAUCUGUAUACUCUAGCCUUUAAAUAGACCUCCUUUUUAGACCAGUUGAUCUGCCGCUUCUUUUCUUUCUCCUAUGUCCCCCCCUCCCUUGUGGAGGGGGUCCGGUCCGAUGACCAUGGAUGAAGUACUGGCUGUCCAGAGUCGAGACCCAGGAUGGACCGCUCGUCGGGACCCAGGAUGGACCGCUCGCCUGUAUUGGUUGGGGACAUCUCUACGCUGCUGAUCCGCCUCCGCUUGAGAUGGUUUCCGCCUCCGCUUGAGAUGGUUUCCUGUGGACGGGACUCUCGCUGCUGUCUUGGAUCCGCUUGAACUGAACUCUCGCGGCUGUGUUGGAGCCACUAUGGAUUGAACUUUCACAGUAUCAUGUUAGACCCGCUCCACAUCCAUUGCUUUCGGUCCCCUAGAGGGGGGGGGGUUGCCCACAUCUGAGGUCCUCUCCAAGGUUUCUCAUAGUCAGCAUUGUCACUAGCGUCCCACUGGAUGUGAAUUCUCCCUGCCCACUGGGUGUGAGUUUUCCUUGCCCUUUUGUGGGUUCUUCCGAGGAUGUUGUAGUCGUAAUGAUUUGUACAGUCCUUUGAGACAUUUGUGAUUUGGGGCUAUAUAAAUAAACAUUGAUUGAUUGAUUGAUUUAUAUAGUAUUGGAGUGUCGAAAUGACAAAAGGAAAAGCUGGAAAACGAUGAAGAAGAACUGGUAAAGAAGUGGAAUCAAAUAAAAGAUCAAGAAGGACUGUAAAGUUGCUGAGUAGACUGGUAUAGUGGUGGUGCAUUAAACUGGCAGCAGAUAUAAUAUGUGAUACUUUCUUUUUCUUCCUGCAGUCAUCCCGUCCUGCAGCAUGCACCUAUGUGAAUGUGGAGAAUGACCAGCAAUGUCCAAGUUGAACAUUCCACCCUUUGUGCCUGCCCGGACUGUGCUGGAAGGCCUCGAGUCAGAGGAUGCGUGUGAAGACAAGAAAGCUGUAAAAAAGGAGAUCCAUAGCAAAAAGGGAGCCAAAAAGGACAAAAUGGAAGAGGAGAAUACAGACCUGCUCAGACUUUGCCACACAGUACCGCUGGAGGUGGUGAACUUAGGUGGGAAAGGUUACGAUCCAGAGAAGAAAGACUACUCAGGUUUUGAGGCCUGGUUGCAGUGUUACUAUGUGGAUGGAAUGAAGUCUGUACGCGACCACAAUGGCAGGACUAUGUGGUUCAAAGGCGAUCCAGGUCCUAUGGCUCCUAAAGAAUCAAAGUCUCCAAAGGCCAAAAAGAGAAAAGAUACAGAUGCAGACCAUGAUUACCCCCGCAAGAAAAAGAUAUAUUCAGUAGGUAAUCACCACCAGCACAUAGAAAUCUAACCCCAUUGUGGCUGUACUUCAGGUGUCCAGGAAACACAACUCUGACAGCACAGUGAAGAAAAAAGCAGCCAAAAAGCCCACAAAAGCAGCAAAGGAAGAAGAAAAUGGACCUCAAGAAGAAGCCACACCCAGAAGAAGAUCAGCAAACACACCUCAGCAAGAACCGAAAUCCACGUCAGGCAGGAGGAAAAAGAACAAUACAGAGCCAGCUGCAGGUCUGAUUCUAAUAAUACUCCCAUUUUCUGAAAAUAUUAAGAGCCUGAUCUUUGAGGAUCCAAUUCCCACACACUUAUCUGUGUGCGCAAACUAUAAAAUUGCAUGUACUGUUGGUGGACGUGUUGUAUGUGAUCUACUUUGUGCAAUUGAUAGCAGCAAAAGUGGCACAGAUCACCCUAUUUUUGUGUACUAGAAGCAUUAUGUGCCCUUGGAAACACUUCUUUCCCUCUACAUUCAUGUUAUUAUGCUCUCCACACUGGAGGGGGGCUUAUAUUAGAUUAUAGCACAUAUCGAUCAUCUAACACCUUUUCUGCAAUAUAGAAUCACAGUAUGUAUACUAUUUGCAGCAGGAAUGAUCAAACUGCAUAUUGCAAGACAUUUUUUUUAGGAGUUAUACUAAAUACAAAAAAAAAAAACGCAACGCUUUUGUUCUUGUUCCCAAUUUAAAUGAACUCAAAGAUCGAAAACUUUGACUAUAAACACAAAAUACCUGUUCCUCUCAAAUAUUGUUCACAAAUCUGUAUACAUUUGUUAGUGAGCAUUUUUUCUUUGCCAAGAUAAUCCAUCCCACCUGACAGGUGUGCCUUGAGCUGUCCAAAAUAAAAGGCCACUGUGAAAUGUGCAGUUUUAUCACACAACACAAUGCUUCAGAUGUCGCACGUUUUGAGGGAGCGUGCAGUAGGCAUGCUGACUGCAGCAAUGUCCACCAGAGCUGUUGCCCGUCAAUUAAAUGUUUAUUUCUCCGCCAUAAGAAUAGAAUAGAAUAGAAAGUACUUUAUUGAUCCCUGGGGGAAAUUCAGCACCACAGUUCGCUCACAAUAAACAAUGAUAAUAAUAAAUAAUAUAAUAUAUAUGAAUAAUAUAAAUAUAUUCUACAUUUAAGUGCAGUCAAGGAACAUAUGCAUUAUACAGUCUGAUGGCUGUCGGUGUGAAGGACCUCCUGUGUCGUUCCGUGUUGCAUUUUGGGAGUCUGAGCCUUCCACUGAAGGUGCUCAUUCUCUCUGCAAGGUCCGAGUGUAGUGGGUGGGAGGUGUUGUCCAUAAUGGCUAGGAGUUUUGCUAGACUUCUCUCUGACACCACCGCCAGAGAGUCCAGCUCCACUCCCAUCUUGUUACUGGCCUUCUCUACCAACUUGUCCAGUCUGUAUGUGUCCCUCACUCUCAGCCCACUGCCCCAGCAGGCCACGGCGUACAAGAGGGCGCCUGCCACCAGCGACUCGUAGAACAUCUUCAACAUCUUUGUACAGACGUUGAAGGAUCCUAGCCUCCAAAGGAAAUAUAGAUUCGGCUCUGUCCCUUCUUGUAGAGGGCCUCAGCGUGUUUUGACCCAUUCAGCUUGUUGUCCAUGUGUACUCCGAGGUAUUUAUAAUCCUCUACCAUGUCCACAUCCACCCCCUUGAUGGAAAGAGGGGUCGCCAGAGUACUCCUCCUCCUUCCCAGGUCCACAACCAGCUCCUUGGUCUCCGUAACAUUGAGCUGGAGGUGGUUCUUUCCACACCAUGUGACAAAGUCCUCCACCAGUGUCCUGUAUUCCUCGUCAUCACCUUCCUCAAUACACCCCACUAUCGCAGAGUCAUCAGAAAACUUCUGAAGGUGGCAGGACUCUGACUGAUAGUGGAAAUGGGUGGUGUAAAUGGUGUAGAGGAAGGGGGAAGAGUACUGUAGCCUCCGGGGCCCCGGUGUUGCUGACCAGCCUGUCAGACACACAGUCCUGCAGUCGCAUAUACUGUGGUCUGUCAGUCAGGUAAUCUACAACCCAGGACACCAAGGGGGCCUCCACCUGCAUCUUCUCCAACUUCACACCCAGUAGCCCAGGCCGUUUAGUAUAAGCCGCCUCCAAAGGUGUUUCAGAGAAUUUGGCAAUACAUCCAACUGGCCUCACAGCCGCAGACCAUAUUGAUUGGCUGAGACCUGCCACCCGGACAGCUGCUACAACAAUUGGUUUGCUUAACCAUAGCAUUUCUGCACAAACUGUAAGAAACUACCAUGAAUUGAUUAACGUGGACCCCGACUUAAACAAGUUGAAAAACAUAUUGGGGUGUUACCAAUUAGUGGUCAAUUGUACGGAAUAUGUACUGAACUGUGCAAUCUACUAAUAAAAGUAUCAAUCAAUCAA